AGUAUUAAAAUAAACGUCGAGCCGUAAUUGUCAUUUUUGCAAAGAAAAAUACUGAGUAGUAAUUUUAAUGCAUAAUUACGGUUGUGGUCCGUUGUGCUGUCGAGGCUCUGGUUUUAACAGAAGCGUUACCACACUGUUGUAUUUUCCGUGAAAUACUCCCUUCCAUCCCAGUUUGGAUUCUCAUCAAAUAUUCUAAUAAAAUAAAAAAAUAAUCUCCAUUAUGCAACUAUUGCACUAUUCUGCUGUAGGUGUGAAAGAUUGGUAAUAUAGUACAUACAUAUGUAAGUACAUGUGUAGUGUUCUCGAUAUGAGAGCGGUCAUGUACGUAUGGCGCAUGGAUGUGCAACCGGUUGGCAGACUGUGCAAAAAUUCAAGUACAAGGAUAUUCUCUUUCAAGGUUUCAUUCGCCUUCAACAGUCAACACACGAUGGCUAUUGGCCAUUUGCGUUUACACCAAAUUGAAGGAUUUGACGACGCUUAGCGUCGAAGUGUUGCGUUAUGCAACUGCUUACGUAUUUUAUGCACAGAAGCGACCUUUUCCACUUGCAUGCAUAAUCAAUGGAAAAGCAAUUUUCAUAUACAUACACACCUACAUAAAAACAGUGGUAUGGCUGAAUGCCGGUAAUUGAAUACUGAACCGCCCCUUUUGAAAACUAUUCACACACAUACAGCAUUUAAAAAUUUCAUUAUAACAACAACUGCCAAAUAUUUUCUAUUGGCAAAAUAAAUAAAUCAAUAUUGAAAACUGUAUUUUGAGCAAUGAACAAGUUGCUAGCAACUGCCAAAGACAUAAAUUAACAAUUUUUUAGGCACCGAACAAUUUAACUAUUUAAAGGUUCUUUGCAUAUUUACAGGUUUUGUUUGUAUUUCUGGUAAAGAGCUUGAGUGUUUCCUGUUAAAAUUCGAAAUUUUUACUUUUUUCUUACCAAAAGUAUCUUGGUCACUCGUUUUCCGGCGAGUUAAAUUCAGUUGAACAAGUAUGUGUGUGUUUGCUAAUAGUUUUACCUUUUCAAACAUACCUAAUCCAUCGAAAUCCUCUGCGGCUUUAAUUCAAUUCAGUUUUAAUAUUAAAUUAAAUUCUAAUUAAAAUAAGAUUAAAUAUCUAAAUUAUAAUGCAAAUAAAGUGCUGCUUGCUUCAAAAAUAUCUAGUAAAGAUCAAGGCGAAACGAGCGUGGUGAAUUUCCAAUGACCAUGUUGCCACUUCGCAUGCAUAUCUCAUAUAUGUGAUAUAUUCAUUUAUUUUGUACAAUAAUUUAUUAUAAAAUUCUUAUACAUUUUCUUUAAUAUUUUUUUAAACAUAUUUUUUUUAUUUACUUCAUAAAUCUUUAAAUUCUAACAAUUUAUAAAGCUGGGGGAAUGUUAGAAAAUCGAAAAGUGGCAGUACAACAUUGUUCACAAACACAACGAUGCAUUUCAAAAAGGGAAAAUUCAAGCUACAAUUGUACACAAUAGCACUGUCACUUGGCAGUUUGUUUUUUUCUGCUUGCUAGUAAACGCGCAAAGCAAAGCAGAAUCGGAAUUUUGUUGAGUUGACGUUUUUGGUGCAUUCUCGGUUUAUUAUAGGAUUCAUUUUGCUUGUUCCAGUGAAGCGGUCGCGUUGUUGUUUCGUGUAUAUUUAGUGGCAAUUUUUGUAAUAUAAGAAAGUGCUUAAUUUAAGACUAUGUGCGGGUACCUGUAUGUAUGUACAUACAUAUAAUAAACCGUGUGCAAAUCGUUUCCAAAAUAAAUAGAAAAUAAAAAUAUACAUUCGGUUAUACAAAAUAUGUAAAAGUAUAUAAAAGUGCGGUGCGGUGAAAAGCAGAUGGUAUUUUGUUAGUGUUUGUCUGCUUGCCGAGUGCAGUACAUACAAAGUACGCGCGCAUUUGUGCGCUUCGCUGGCAAUGUGAUUAAAUGCAUUUCUCCUCACAUACUAAAUUGUUAAAGUGAAAUGCUUGUGAAAAGUAAACAAAUGCUUAGAAUUAUAAAAAUGUAAAUGAAUGAAUGAAUUGCUGUACUAUUAUCAGAGUUAACAGUAAAUUCCAAGAAGUAGUCUGAAAAGUUUCGAAACGUGGACUAAUGAAGAUAUCCUGUAGAAAAGAUCAACAAUUUUGAAAAAUCUGUAAAUCCAAAAAAGUCACAAUAAAAUAGCCAAAUCGUCAAGAUUCACAAAUUAAUAAAGCAAAAGAUGUGGUUAUAAACUACAACAUUUAAAAUAUUUACAAUUUCUUCGACAAAUUUCAUCUCACCAGAUAUUUCUCUACAACAACGUUCUAAUUGCUAUAAUGCUAAUUAAUGCAACUUCCAAUUAAGAAGAAGCUGCUCGUUUUAGUAAUACCGAUGUAACAAACAAAUUUAUCCCUAAUAAUAUAUGCACUACAGCGAAAAAUUCGACAAGAUCCAAUCGCCUGCACAAUACCAGUGUCAGCAAACUGUACCGAAUGGCGAAUAAAAUAAAAGAGACUGCUACUGUAGGGUGUCAUGUGAGUGAUAGCGUCGGCGCGUUAGCACAAAGAUUGAGUGCAACGCAAAGUACUUGCUGGUGUCAUCUACGAAAAGAUCAAGUAAAGUGCGUUAAUUGUCAAAGAGCUGCAGCUGCCGCCGCGACUUCGACAACAAUGGCAACAAUGACGACGAUGACCACCAAAAUCGCGGCUGAUAGCAACGAAAGCGCUAUUGAUGAAAGUGAUAUUGAAGAUGAUGACUGUUCUGAUUCUAAUUGUGAUUCCGAUUCCGAUUCGGCCGAGAUAGACAAUGAUAUGAUUAAUGAGGGCGAUGCCAGAUCGUGCAUCGAUUGUACAGUUGCGGAGAAUGCAUUUGUCGAUAACGAAGUGACAACGGUUUUGAAUGGUGCUAAAUUUAGUAAAAUAAUGAAUAUAUUUCAAAGUAAUAUUAAUAAUGCUGCUAGUGAUUCUAAUAAAUGCAAAAAAACAUUUGCAAAUGCUUAUGUUAAUAAGAAUUAUGGGAAAACCGUUUAUAAUAAGUAUAAACGUAAUAAUAAUAGUGAUAACAUAGUGUUUAGUGAACGUAGUCCAAAACUCGCAACUAUAAAUAUAAGUCAAAAUAGUAGUAGUAGUAGUAACAGUAAUUUAAUUGAAUGUAGUAAUGAAGUAACCAAAACUAAUGUGAAUGGUACAAAAACAAAAUCGACGUCAACUGAUGAAGCGAUACGUAGUAAUGAGUUUUGCGCACAAAGUAACACAUUUGCUGCAGCGCGUGCGCAACUGCUUACCUUCUGGCUGGCAUUUGUUGCUUUUUGUGAUGCGAUUACCAUUAAACAUGACGAUCCGCGCCUCAAAAAUGCGCGCCAACGUCAAGAACAGGAGAAAUCAAGUGAGGAGCAACAAAAGAAAUCAACAGAGUCGCAAACGGUGCAUGGCAACGAGCAUGAUACUUCCAAAGCAAAGCCCUCACGACAUUUGAAGUUGCUGACCAAUCGCAAGCUAAUAUUUCUGUUCAUUGUCUGUGUGUUUUUCUCCUGUUUGAAUCGCAUUGAAGGCCGUCCAAACAGUUUGACAGAACAAAAUGUGAUUACCGAUGGAUCGCCCGUCACUUUGCCAACCGCAGCGGCUGUUGUCGCUGCUACAACCUCAAAAGCUGCAAGGCUGCAGGAGGAAAGCGGUGCAACAACUGCACAUUUGUCGGUCGGCGCUGGUGACAGUGAUGGCAAUAAAAUUGCGCUGCAAACAAACGCAAUAGCACCAGAACCUACACCCAGUGAUAAGCUAAAGGAAGUCGAUACACAUAGACCACCGAUAAUGAUUUCUGCACAUGACGAUGAUGAUCCAUAUGCGCACAGACCAGAGCGCUAUCCGCUCUCACAGGUAGAUUUCGAUAGGGUGAAAACGCCGUUUAUAAUCGGCAUUUGGAUACUUUCGGCGAGUAUAGCGAAAAUUGGUUUCCAUAUGACACCGAAAUUACAUCUUAUUUUCCCUGAGUCUUGCUUGCUAAUCGUUGUUGGUGUUAUUAUUGGUUUUGUAUUGUAUUUCUGCACGGAUGUCGCCGUCUCACCGCUCACGCCCAAUACAUUCUUCUUCUACAUGCUGCCGCCGAUUAUCCUGGAUGCGGGCUACUUUAUGCCAAAUCGAUUAUUUUUCGAUAACCUAGGCACAAUUCUAUUGAUGGCUGGCAUCGGCACUGUUUUCAAUACAGCAACCAUUGGUCUAUCACUUUGGGGCUGCGGUCUGACUGGUCUUUUUGGACCAGAAGUGCCACGGUUUUUGGACACUUUCCUUUUCGCUGCGCUUAUUUCUGCCGUUGAUCCUGUUGCUGUUUUGGCAGUUUUCGAAGAGAUCCAUGUUAACGAGGUGCUGUAUAUAGUGGUGUUUGGCGAAUCGUUGUUGAACGAUGCUGUGACAGUCGUUAUGUACCAUAUGAUGGAAGUAUACAACGAAAUCGGCAUAUCAAAUAUAAUAGCUCAAGAUAUUGCAAGUGGUGUAGGUUCAUUCUUUGUUGUUGCCAUUGGCGGUACUGUUAUUGGCAUCAUUUGGGGCUUCCUUACUGGUUUGGUGACGCGUUUCACCGAUCAUGUGCGCGUGAUUGAACCGAUAUUCAUCUUCGUAAUGGCAUACUUGGCAUACCUCAAUGCGGAAAUAUUCCAUAUGAGCGGUAUUCUAGCCAUUACCUUCUGUGGCAUCACAAUGAAAAACUAUGUUGAAGCGAAUAUUUCACAAAAAUCACAUACAACAAUAAAAUACGCACUCAAAAUGUUGUCCAGUUCAUCUGAAACAAUCAUAUUCAUGUUCCUUGGUGUAGCAACAGUCAAUAAUAAUCACGUGUGGAAUACUGCCUUUGUGCUGUUGACUAUCACAUUUUGUUCGGUGUAUCGUGUGUUCGGCGUUGUGAUAUUAUCUGCAUUAGCGAAUCGUUUCCGAUUGCACAAGUUGUCACGUGUCGAUCAGUUUGUUAUGUCCUAUGGCGGCUUACGUGGUGCGGUCGCCUUUGCAUUAGUGUUGCUGGUUGAUGAGCGAAUUGUCAAGCAGAAGGAUAUGUAUGUGACAACUACAAUUGCAGUGAUUUAUUUUACCGUUUUCCUGCAAGGCAUAACGAUAAAGCCGCUGGUAAAGAUGUUAAAUGUGAAGCGAGCAAGCAAGCGAAAGCCGACAAUGAAUGAACGCAUACACGAACGCUUCAUGGACCAUUUAAUGGCUGGAAUUGAAGAUAUUAUUGGCAAGACUGGCAAUUAUAAUGUGCGUGAUAAAUUCAAGCGUUUUGAUAACCGCUUUAUCCGGCCACUGGUAAUCAGAGACUUAAAGGGUGCUGAACCUAAAAUCAUUGAAACCUAUUCGAAACUGACAAUGCGUGAUGCUAUGGAAGUAAUGCGUCGUAAUCCAUCUACCAUUGGACAAAUAACGGCCACCGAAUCGAUGAGUGCAUUGUUUCGAAAUUACACCAGUAAUUGUAUUGGUGGAAGUCCAAGCCUUACCAAUCUGGACAAUAGUUGCUCACGAAAUCUUGAUAUGCAUGAGUUGGACUACAAUCCGUCGAAGAAGGAUCUUACAGAUGCAAAAAUACACCAUCUGCUUGCCGAGGAGCUGAAACCAUAUAGAAGGCACCGCCGCCUUAGUUAUAGCCGACACGCAGUAGACGACAGAGAUUUGUCUACGCAGGUAAAUUACAAAAUGCAAAUGAACUUCCGACGAAUGUUCAAUGAUCGGAAACAUCACAAGCGCAGCAAACGAGGCACGAGUAAGCAACCAGACGGUGUUAAACAGAAUCACGUCUCAUUCCACGACUUCCAACAGAAUGGCACAACGAAACAAUUUACGCAUGAUUAUAUUAACGAUGUUCUCAAUGAAUCAGGAGAAGAAAAUCUGAGUAAACUGAACGAGGUGACAGUGGUGAGCGGCGAAGAUUGGGAUGACGGUUUGACAUUUACAGCAAAGUCUUCGCUUGCCGAAAAUCCUAUACCCGAGGAGGAUCACAAUAUCUCACGUGAUUCAGAUGGUGAACGCCGUGUAGCAACACCUACCGCUACAGAAUCGCAGUUGCCGUGGAAACGGCAGGGAGACGAACUGACAGAUGCAGUGCAGCAGAACGAAUUCCCCGCUUGGGCUUCGAAUAAGGAGUAUUUGGCUUACAAUUCCCCCAGCGCCACAUUUUUAGGUGGUAUAAACAAACCUAAACAGCCUAAGUCUGUCAUAGGUUUAUUCCGACGUGAGAGUUGCGGCUCGAGGGGCGGCAGCAGUCUGGGCGAUCAUACAGAUGGCGCUAGUUCAGUACGUGGCUCAGAUCCCACAUUGGCAAAUGCAUUGAUUAGUGGCCUACCCCUGAUACCGUUAAUACAGCCGCCGCAUUCGAAUCCUCGUCUUGAUAAGCGCUCACAAUCGAUUUCGGUCGGCACAUCUGGCGGCCAUAGUGGCAUCGGUAUUAAUAUAGGCGAUUUAGCGCAUUCGGGACCCUUCCCGGUUACGGCCAGCCAUCGGCGUAAUGUGCGGCGUGGCUCAAUGUUGGAGUUAAGUGGAGACACUAUCCCCGAGGAGACUUACCAGCACGGUCAUUCGAAGUCCUUGUGCGAACCGACCGGCGAAGAUUGGGAAAAUACCGCUUUGGCCACACGCGAACGUACCAUAAGCGGCAGCAGCAAUAGCACCGGGCGUGAGCCACUUCUACCCAAAUUAACGCCACGUGCACAAAUCCGCCGUAUGGGUGGCAGCAGUGGUGGUGUUGGCGGUGCUAUUAGCACGCUCGGUGGCUUGCGUAAUCAAGUGACGACCGCCCUACUCUCCACAUCGAACUCCGAAUAUGAUGAUGAUGAGGAUGAAGAUAUUGAUUUGUAUGACGAUGAGAGUAUUGUCGUAACCACUUUGACUAGCGGCAGUGGUGGUAGUGGUAGUGGCGCUCUAAAUCGUAGCGGUAGCAGUGGGAGUGGCGGCGGCAAUGGUAGUAGCGGUGCCAGCAGUAGCAGUAACAAUACAACAACUACAAUUCGGCUGACACGCAACAAUGAUGAGAGCAUCAUUUGAGAUUGUCGCCGGAAGCAACUAUAGCGGCGACUUUUAGGCGAAGGCAGCAGCGGUAAGCAGCAACAGCAACGUCGCCUAAAUCGUUGGGCUUUCAAGUAUGAAAUGUUACAAUGAUUAGAUUAAAAUUAUGGGUGGGUAAGUCUAAGGUUAUAAGCGAAAAUUCAAUGAAAUACUAGUUGCCAAUAAUGCCUGUUAAUUGAAAAAAAACUUUGUGUAUGUAUUAGAAUUUAGUAUAAGUUUUGAAAAGUGAAAUGGUUUAGUUAAAUUAUACAAGUAUGUCACACGAUUAUACUUAAGUUGGUGAUUAAUAGAUUAAGUGAAAUAGUUUUCAUUUAUUUUUUAUUAUUUUGUUUAAUUUCGAAAAACAGUAUUUUUUUAUGAUUUUAAUUAAUUUCUAAAUUUCGAAAAUAGCAUUCUUAUUAUUUUAAUUAUUUUAAACUUGAAAAAUAGUAUUUUUUUUAUUAUUUUAAUUAAAUACGAAAUUUUUAAAAAUAGUAUUUUUUUAUUUUGUUUAAAUUCGAAAAAUAGUAUUUAUUUAAAUUAUAUUUAUUAAUUCCUAAAUUUCGCAAAAUAGCAUUUUUUUUUUAUUUUCAUUAGUUUCGAAAUUAAAAAUAGUAUUUUUUCAUUAUUUUUAUUAAAUACGAAUUUUUUAAAAAUACUAGUUCUUUAUUACAGCCAGCGAGUAUAAUUAAUUUCGAAAAAUAACAAACAACUGCAAUAGUUUUUCUGCUUAUUUAAAGAAAAAAUUAAUAUAAUAAAAAAAUAUUAUUUCGACUAGUCCUUUGUUUUCACCAUUAUGCCAUUAUUUAAUAAAUAUGUUGACUAUUUUUCUAAUUUCGAAGCAGACUUAAUACGCAAGUACCAUCAUAUUUUGAAUCUUUUUCCACAAUUUCAUUAUAGCUUCGUAUAUUGUUUAAAAUAUCAAUAGCAACAAAAAUUAAAAUUCUUUAAAAUGCAUUGUAACAAGGUAAAUGUGUGACUGCAAUAAAAUAACUAAAAAUAACCACCAAGACUAUAGAACAGCAAUGUAAUUAUAGCGCAAACCAAUACACUUCUACUUUGUGCUGCAUUUUAUGCAGUACUUAAACACUGUGCACCUAAAAUUAUGCUUCGAUAGAAAAAUAGACAGAAAAAACGAGACGUCACCUACUUAGCAACACUGGGCUGUGUUUGAAUAAAAUAAGAAACUACUACUAUAAAAAUUGUGCUAAAUAGUUUCCAGAAAAAUAGCAAAAAACUUCUAGCAAUUCCAAUGCCAUAAUUUCAUGUCUAUUCAAGUGUUUCUCGUUUUAAUUUUAAUUUGCAAUUUAUUUAGUAAAUUUUUUAGAGGCUUUCAUUUGUUAACAAAAUGUAUAUAUACCGAGCAAACAAUAGAAAAAUGUUAAGGUUUUUUAACGUACAAUUUCGUUUUAACUGAGAACUUGUGUAAACAUUUUAUAAGUAUGUAACUGUCAACUGUCAACUGUACGUGACUGUAGUAAAAAAAAAACAUGUAAAAAUAGUAUGUAUAAAAAGCUAAGCUGCUGCUUAGGGCGUAAAAUAAACAUGUCAUAGCAAUGAGAAUCCUAACGAUAAACUUGUAAAUGUGUGUAAAAUAUAUAUAUAUAUAUAUAUUUAGUAUAGUGCGUAGUUGAAAAUGUAUUGAAACGCGUGUCGAUAAGACAAUUAAGGCUACGGCGUGAAUGAUUGGAGUUUUAAUAAUUUUUAUAACAUUUUAACAGUUGAACUCUAUACUAGUAAUAAUUAAAAACCAAAAAAAAAAAAUGAAAUAAAAUCACUUAAAAAAAUAUUCUUAAAAUUGGUACACUAAAAUUUGAACAAUUCUUAUAAACAACUUGACUUUGAAAUUGAUAACAUUGUAAUAUUAGGCAUAGUAUAUGUUAAUGUAUAUAAAAUAUUAUUUAUUUGCAGUGUUACCAAUUUCUUGCUAACACACUUAAUUUGGCAAACGUUUGUACUUAAACUUUUGUUUUAACUUAAAUUCUAUAAUGUACACGAGCGCUUAGAAAAGCAUAAUAUUUUUGAAAACGUGCAUAUGUCCAGGGUUGCGAAAUUUUUAAUUCCUAAUUUUUGGGUUAAAAAUUAAAUUUUUAUUUUUUAAUCACAAUGUUGCGAUUAAAAAUUAGAUUUUCAUUCUUUAAUCCAAGAUGUUUGGUAUUAAAAAUUGAAAAUAUUAUUUUUUUGAUUUGAAUGAACGCGAAACAAACAAAUUAUUUUUUUAAUUCUUUAUUAUAUGCUUGAGAUUAAAAUUAAAAUUUUUCUUUUUCAAUCCCAUAGUUGGCAUUAAAAAUUAAAAACAAUUUUUUUAUACGGUUUUUAGAAUUAAAUUUUUUUAUUUUAUUUUUAAAUUCGGUUGUGGGAUUAGACCUUUUUAAUGGUGUAAUUAAAUUUUAUUUUUAUUUUUUAAAACCGGUAUGUGGAAUCAAAGAUUUUUUUUUAAACACGUAAUUAAAUUUUUAUUUUAAUACCGUAAUAGGGAUUAAAAAAAAAAGUUUUAAUUCAGAUGCUAAUUAAAUUUUUUUCAAUGCAUUACUGUCAAACUAUAUAUUUGAAUUUCGAAUAUUCGAAUAUUAUAAACUGUGGUUGACUUUUUAUGUGCAGAGAUUGAGCAAAUAUAUAUGAACUUUAAAAUAUUAAUAUUUUAAUAUUAUUUGCAUUUGCGUCUUGCAAAUUAAAUCGAGAAAAUUAAUUUAUUUUAUUAUACUUUAUAUAUUUGUAAAGAAGUGCUGCAAAGAUCUUCUUGAAUUAGCAGAAUACGUAAUGUUUGAAACGUACUUAAACUUAGAGGUGUUCUUUAUUUUGAAAGCAGUUUAAAAUUUCUUUCGAUAAAAAUAAUUUAUAGCAAAAGCAGCAUAGGUAUAAAAAAUUCUAUAAAAAAAUUCGACUAUUAUUAUUUAGCUGUUUUUGUUUUAUACAAUAAUGACAAUUGUUCAUUACUACUAUUUUUAUUUUAAUUUAUGAUAAAUCUAUUUAAUAUUUUUUACGAAAGCAGAAAAUUCAUUUAUAAUUAAAUCGCCUUUAUUUAGUGUUCAAAAAAAAAUUCAUUAUAGACACAAGACAAAUACUUGUGUUCUAAUUUGUUUCGUUUUCAUUUACAAUUUUUAGAGACAAUAACUGUAUAAACGAAGAAAGUAUUUAAAACAUCAAUUAUUAAAAAAUAUAAAUAUGAAAUAAUUUAUUUCAUAAUAAACGUUGUCAAAGUUCAUUGAUAUAUAAUAAUCAGCGAAAUUUAAAUAUAAAAUUUAAAAAAUAUGUGCAAAUACCAGAGUUAAUUAAUUUGAAAUUACCAAAAUAGGCUUUUAAUUAGUACUAAAAAGAAUUUUAAAUAGCGCUAAACUUAAGCAAAAAAAAAUAUACAUAUACACACAUAUACUAUAUAGGAUCGCUAACAAUACACGUCUAUUUUUUGCCACACGUGUACAUAAACAUGUACUAAACUACAAAAAAAAAUUAUAGAUUGAGCAAACAUAUUAGACGAUUACGAAAUUGGCACAACUUUCAACUCAACGCCUUACUUAUGUUAUAUUCAUAAUAUGUACUUACAUAAUUACCCAUACAUGUGUAAGUUCAAUACAUUAGCAGUAGUUAAUGAAAAACAAUUGCACCAACACAGAUGCUAACUACAUGGAAUAAUAUGAGUACUAACCAAUUUGUAUGUAUAUAACUUUGUGAAAACGGCUGCGAAAUACAGUAUGUAUGUACUGUAAACAUGAGAACCACAUAAUAACUUCGUAAGAACUUUCAUUGAAUAAAAAGCUUUACAACAAAUAUUA